AUGGCCUCAUCGCUGAAGAAACGCAAGAUUGCUGUUCUGGGCUCGCGUUCGGUCGGCAAAUCGUCGUUGGUGAAGCAGUUUAUUGAGAACCACUUCGUGGACCAGUAUUACCCCACCAUCGAAUCGACGUUUGCGAAGAGCGUUGUGUACAAAGGGGUUGAAUAUGAUUGCCAUAUCAUCGACACGGCUGGACAGGACGAGUACUCUCCGAUCAACUCACAAUAUGCGAUAGGGAUACACGGCUACGUACUAGUCUACUCCAUCGCUUCCAGGAACUCGUUCAGCAUGAUACAAAUCGUGUACGAUAAGAUCGUGGACUUUUGUGGCGUGAGCGACAUCCCUUGUGUCAUUGUUGGAUCCAAGUGCGAUCUUAGUCAAAGUCGCCAAGUUGAUCCUUCAGAGGGGGAGAAGCUGGCGAAGGAGAACAAAUGUGCAUGGGUGGAAACCAGUGCAAAGGAUGGCACGAACGUUAGCAAAGUGUUCGAACUAUGCCUACAGGAGAUAGAGAAGCGAACAGCCCCAAGCCAAGCAGAGCCCCAAGCCAAGUCUUGCAUUGUGAUGUAG